AUUAAAGAUGGUUGGGGUGGAUGGAGCCAAAUGAAGAUGAUUCAAUUGAAGGUUCUAAAUUUGACGGGUUGCAUACAAUUACAAAGGACACCUGACUUCUCUAAUUUCGUGUCCUUGGAGAUGUUAAUUCUUGCUCAGUGUGUGAAGUUAACUGGAAUUCGCAGGUCCAUUGGCAAGCUAAAAUGCCUACAAACUUUAAAUAUUAGGGGAUGCAAGUUGCUUUGUAGUUUGCCAGUAGAAAUUGGUUCUCUACAAUCUUUAACAGAGAUUAUCAUGCCUCAAAAUUUUCAGCCCUUCAAGCUUCCCAAGACAUUCAGUGACCUCAAAUCUUUGUCGACUUUUAUAUUAGACGAGCACCCUGGAAUCAUCCAACUUCCGAACUCUAUUGGAGGGUUGGUGAAACUUACACAUUUAUCUUUACGUGGGUGUGUGGGCAUCAAAGAGCUUCCAUCGUCUAUUGGAGAAAUGGAAAUGUUGGUUAAGUUGGAUUUAUCACAUUCAGGAAUAGUUGAACUACCGGAUUCCAUUGGAUGUCUAGAGAAACUAGAAUUGAUCUGGGUAAGUUAUACAGAUAUAAGAAAGUUUCCUCAUACUAUCGGACAACUGAAGAUGCUUGAAGAGUUACAUGCCAAAAAAUGUCGGCACCUGGCAGAUGAAAAUCUGGAGGAAAUUGGGAAGUUAUCCCAUUUGAGGAUAUUGGACUUAUCCUAUACUGUUUUAUCUAGAUUCCCUUCGGCACUACGUUGUCUUUCUUGUCUCCAAACACUUGAAUUUGGUUCAAGUCACCUUCAAGAAAUACUUGAUCUUCCCUUAAGUCUGACACGCCUUCACAUGCAAGCACAUCACUUCCCGUCUAUCAUUGACCUCUCAAGUCUCCUCAGUUUAGAUUAUCUAGAAUUUUAUAGAUUAACCGCUUCAACAGAGGAACCUGGCCCAACUUGGACGAACAAUUUGCCAGAAGAGCAACUGAUCCAUCCACUUCCAUCUGGUUUGUCAACCUUGAAAGUUAGGGGCAUUAGUCUACUGCCACACUUUUCCGACUUAAAAAAAUUGUUGGAUUUGUGCGUCAUAGAAUCUCAAAUGUCUCGCUUCUCCGUCUCUCCAGACCAAAUAAAUCUGACGAAAUUGAAACUAAGUGAAUGCAAAUUGCUCGUGGAAAUAACUGGUAUGUCACUCUUGAAGAGUCUACGGUGCUUGGAUCUGGACAGAUUAGAAAGUUUGGUUGAGAUUCAUGGUUUGUCGGAACUGGAAUCCUUGCGAUGCUUUCGUAUUUCCCAUUGUUGUAGGAUAGAAAGGUUACCCAACUUAUCAAAGUUAGAUAAGUUACAGAAGAUUGAGAUAGAAGAUUGUCCGAAGAUAAGAGCCAUCGAAGGUCUCGAGGGAUUAGAAAGCUUGGAGUUGGAUAAUCAUGGCUGCAAUGUUCUGGAAAGAUUGCUGGAUGGCAAGAGAUGGACCUGGCUUUCCCGCAAUGCCCCUUAGUACAAUAUGUUCCUGACUUUUAGGCCACCGGACACUUAUCAUAACAUCGUCAAUUUCCUUCACGAGAACCUGAUUGGCAGUGUAAUUCGUCUUUUUGCAAACAAUGUCCAACUAACUGAGAUGUGGCGAUGCAAUUGUUGAGCAGCUUCUGCCAGUGUUAGACGACUGCCAUAACUACAAACCUAUCUUAUCUAAAAGCUAUGCUUCUAGUAAGUGGUGGUUCUGGGGACUAGGCCACAUGGAAAACUGCACAUCAAAGACAAAUGGGAAAAAAAAGAAUUGGACCCAUUUUCUGCUAUGCGGAGAUUGAUGACGAUAAGCUUCAAACUAAUUUAUACAUAAUGCCCUGGAUGAGCACAGAAUGAAAUUUGGCAACAAAGUGGAGGAAUGGGAAGAGGUUGUGGAUGUCAGGGUGUUCGACCUGAAAACUAACAGCCCAGGAGAAGCGGUUGAAUUGAUUAUUGCAGAGAUUUUGAAUCAUCUGAUGGAUGUCAGUCCCAUAAUUUGACUGAAGUUUAGCUGAAGCUCGGUGAUAGCUGAUUCCCGCGGUAAGGAAACUGUUUCUCGAGCCUUCGUUAGGUUCAUUGACGAAGAAAAAGAAAUGGUGUUCUGCCGAUCCAUUCCAUGAAAUGAUGUUCUCUAGAACUGCAUUUAUUUUCUAAUUGUGGAGGUACUAGAAACUUCAUUUUAAAGUGAAGAUCGAUUAAGAAUCUUAUGCUUGGUAAGUUGUUUGGAAGAUUAGAAUGAAAUAUUAAAGAUGGUAAACCUACCUGAUUCGAUUGGAAUUUCAAAGAAAUUGAAAGUAAUUAGAACAAACUUUUCAGUAAUGAGAAAGUUAUGUGGCUAGUAUGCAAGUUGGACGGAUGAAAUUUCUGGUGAAAUUUCCUGAUUUCUCAAAAUUUUGCUUGUACCUCGUGUCCAAUUUGCUUAUCUCAAAGUUCAUGUUUUG